AUGUCGGGUCCGAACGGGGAGCCGCAGCCGAAUCUGGGGCGGGCGGCGAGGAGGAGGAGGAGCGAGGAGGAGGAGGAGGAGGAGGGGGGCGGCUUCGGAGAGGCAGAAUACGCUGCCAUCAACCUCAUGCUGGAUCAGAUCAACUCCUGCCUGGACCACCUGGAGGAGAAGAACGACCACCUGAACACGCAGCUGAAGGAGCUGCUGGAAUCCAACCGCCAGACCCGCCUGGAGUUCCAGCAGCAGCUGGGCCAAGACGGGGGCACGCGGAAGGCCGAGCCGGGCUCGUAGGGCCCCUCCGCUGUGGGAGGCCGCGCGGACCCUCCCGCACCCAACGCCCCUCGCACCGGCUGAAGGGUUUUGGCGAGGCUCGUUCCAGGCUUCUGGAUGACGACGACGUGAAGAAUUGUUUGCUCCAUCUGGGAAAUUCUACAGCGAGGCCGUACCUGCCCACCACCCGGUUUCGUCUCCCUAAAAGCAAAUCGGACUUUGAAAGGCUGUUAACCCCUGCUAAUGGGUUUCACGCCUGGCACGGCUGACAUCUGCACGGAUUCUCUUAAAUCUGGCUCCAAAAAAAAAAGUUAAGAGUCUCGCGACUGAGUUCAGAGGUCCCCAUGCUGUAAGAUCUUGUCGGGGUUUCUCACAAAGGGACUUUUAAUAAAUGGGUGUGGUUGUGAGAAAAGUCA